AUGGCGGCGGAGUGGUCAGCCUUUGGUGCAAGUCGCUGUAUGAUAGCGUGGGCAGAUCUGCAUGUCUAUCACGAUGAGAUCAGUAACAAGAUUGAAUAUCAAGUUGAUCGGUCAAUCCUUGCCUAUCUAAGAAGUGUAUCACGGCUUAGUUUGCAAAGUGUGUUAACUUAA